AUGCCUCCCAUCCCUCCACCACCCACAUCAGCAUCCCUCCCAACCUGGCAACCCCGCGUCGUCUGCUACCAACAGACCUACCACCAAGACGACAAAUACAUCUCCCUCCUCCCUCUCAUCACCAACGGGCCACCAGCCAUCACCCAUCUGAUCCUCUCCGCCGUCCACAUCAACUGGGACCCCAACAACCUGACACUGAACGACCACCCACCAACAGACGCUCGCUACACGCAACUAUGGGACGAAGUCGCAGUGUUGCAAGCCUACGGCAUCAAGGUGAUGGCGAUGUUGGGCGGAGCCGCCAGGGGUAGUUUUGCAAGGCUGGACAUCAGCGAAUCCCGCACCGACAUCCCCAUAGCACGCUUCGAGAGCUACUACGCCCCCUUCAGGGACCUCCUCCGCCAACACAACUUGGACGGAGUCGACCUCGACAUCGAAGAGGAAAUGAGUCUACCAGGAGUAGUCCACCUGAUCGACCGCCUCAAAGCGGACUUCGGCAAUGAAUUCCUGAUCACGCUGGCGCCCGUCGCGACGGCGCUCAUGCCCGGUCGAAGACCACACCUGUCCGGCUUCUCCUACCACCUGCUCGAAGCCGCUCGCGGCAGCUCGAUAGCGUGGUACAACACGCAAUUCUACAACGGGUGGGGCGGCAUCGAGGCACCCUGGGCCUACGACGAGAUCGUUGGGCAGCAGGGGCAGAACGGCGGAAGGAGUCUGUUCCCACCGGAGAAGGUGGUUGCGGGGAUGCUUACGAAUCCGAGGCACGGCGGCAGUGGGUACGUGCGGCUGGAGCAGACUGCAGUCGUGUUGAGUUAUCUGACGGAGAAGUAUCCCCGAUUUGGCGGGGUGAUGGGGUGGGAGUACUGGGCGAGUUUGCCGAAUGAGAUUAAUUGUUGGCAGUGGGCUUGGUGUAUGCGGCUGAUGCUGAGUAUGAGGGAGUUGAGAGACGCGGCCAUCGUCGUGAACAUGGGACGGAGUUUGGCUGGGCUGAAUGUUGAUCAGGCGAGGAUUGGGUCCAGGUGA